AUGGUCGCUCAAGAGUUUCUCCAGCAGUUGGAUAAGCUGCACUUCGUUGACUCCUCUAGUCUCCACGACUUUGCCGACCGAUGUGCCUACCUGUUAUCCUUCAUUGUUCUCGUCAUUUGCUUCACCAUUGUCACUCUCAAGUCCUACGUCUUGGAACCGCUCUCGUGUUACACCGCUACCACCUUCUCUGGGUCCAACAUGAUCUCUUUCAUCAACGCCUUCUGCUGGGUCAAUGGAACGGUUCCAGCCGACGUGAAUACCGACAGACUGGAAGAUCCCGACUACUGGGACUACUUAGAAAGCAAGAAAGUCAAUUACUAUCAGUGGGUUUCACUAGUGCUGGCUCUGCAGGCAAUCAUGUGCUACUUCCCGAAUCUCGUCUGGGAAACUAUCACGUUCAAUCGCGUCGGAACUAACCUGGGCUACUUCGUAGAGGCGGCUCAGAACGCAGCAAAGGAGACAGGAACCAAUCGCACGAAUCGCGUCCAGUUCCUCGCGUCCUCCCUCGACACCCUCUUCUUCGCGCGCCGUCCGCUGCCCCACGGACCGCGCAACUCCGGCCUCCUACGCUUCGUCGGCUUCGUGAAAGAACUUCUACCGCACAAACGACUUGGACGGGCGAUCUGCGCUUACUACUUUGCUACCAAGCUCUUGUACUUUGCAAACGCCGUGCUCCAGCUCGUGUUCAUGGAGUACUUCCUCGGAAUGAGUGGCAAAUACCGACUGUUCGGCUUGCAGGUGCUCCACGACAUUUGGCAUGGACACUACUGGCAGGAGACGCUCGUUUUUCCACGUGUCGGCUUCUGCAGAGUGCCGAUCAAGCUAGUUGGCCGAUCUGUCCCCACGCUGAUUGCUCAGUGUUCGAUGCCUGUCAACAUGCUGAAUGAGAAGAUCUACGUCUUCCUGUGGUUCUGGUUCGUCGGUGUGGCGACUCUUCAAGUAAUCAGCAUCUCCAUCUGGAUCCUACGCUUGUCGAUAAGGCAACGGAGGGUGCGGUCGCUGGUACGCUACAUGAAGGUUGCCGACGUCUACGACGAAGGCAUGAAGCAGACCUUGAAGCGUUUCGAAUCCGCGUGCCUUCGACCUGAUGGUUCCUUCAUACUCCACAUGCUGCGACUCAACGCCGGAGAGAUAAUCACCAAUGAGAUUCUGCAGGCCCUUGUUGAUCGGUUCAUACGUCACGAGAAGCUGGAGGGCACUUGUGCUGUCAAGACUGGUGGCACGGUCGUGGUACCGAGUGCCAACUCAUCCAUCGAUCCGGAGAAAAUGGAAGACGAGACUUCGCUGAAGAAGCGCUUUAUCUAA